AUGGCCAAUACCUCAGCAAGAGACUGCCAGCCCUCAAAUGGCUUUGUUCAUGCCAUGCGCCGUGUCUACCAUCCACUUGGGUUCUCCAAAGGAUAUAAUGCCGUCCUUGCGUUCCUGGCCUUGGGUUAUCUUUUUGGGUUCACUCUCGCGCGUCUACAGUAUCUGUCGUACAACGGUGUUUUCUGCAAUGCGAAUGCAUCCGGCGGUACUGGAGCAGCUCCCGGAGAAUGCUAUUACUACCUGCAGGUACCGUUCAAAGUUGGCAUGAAGCUCCAUCUUUUCACCGUCAUCCCGGCAUCACUACUCGUCGUCCUACAAUUCAUCCCAGUCAUUCGUCACAAGAUCAUUCUGUUCCAUCGAAUGAACGGUUACGCCAUUGUCAUCCUCUCUCUCAUCAGUAACGCCGGUACGAUCAUCAUCACACGGCAUGCGUUUGGCGGCGAGUUUGCCACACAGACUUGGACUGGUGCAAUGGUCAUCCUCACCACGAUUGGGUACAUUAUGGCCUGGGUCAACAUCAAGCUGCUGCAAAUUGAUCAACAUCGAGCUUGGAUGCUGCGAACGUGGGCAUGGUUCUCGACCAUCGUCACCAUCCGUAUCAUCAUGAUUAUCUCAGCUCAAAUCAUCAGCACGAACAGGAACUGGUACACCACUCGUCCGUGCGCCCAGAUCGCAUUCGCACUCGGACAGAACGACACGCUUGCCGCAUACCCACAGUGCGAAGGUUACUUCAACGGCAAUGCACCAAAUCUACCCGUCGUAGUCACUGUCGACUUCUCCAACGACAACUCCAUGGAGCUCUCUGCUGCACUUGCGGUGCCUUUUGGCGCAGCAGGCUGGCUCGCUCUGUUACUGCAUACAAUCGCUAUAGAGGGUUAUCUCCGACUCACGCCCAAAGAAUCCAACAGACUACGUCAAGUAUCAUAUGAGCGUCAACUUGAAAGGGGCAUGUCCAGACCGGGAUAUGCGGGAUUGACUGUUGAGCGCUUCGGCGACGCUGAGCCGUUCCAACCUCAAGCAAAGAUUGAGCAUGAACAUGCGGAGAUGAAGCAGGACAGAGAGGAGCGGUUUUGA